UGUCUAAAUGGUCUAAACUAUACAAUUUAGAAGAAAAUCAAGUUUAAAAUCUAUAGUUUAUGUUAUGAACGCCACGUGUGUGCAAAAGAGAAGCCAUGUGAAUUGUUUGAUCUUAUUGCAACGAGAGAGCUAGCUAUUUAAACAUGGCUGAAUCAACUGUUGCUUCAAAUAAUAUUGAAGAUAAUAAACAUCAGAAUAAUCCUUAUGCAUAUUUAAGCAGGGAUGAUUUUACAUCAGAAAAAUUUAAAAUUGAAGUGAGUGGGUUACCGAAAUAUUAUGGGAUAAAAGAGUUUAAAAAAUUAUUAAAUGAUAAAUUGCAUUUAAAUACAUGUAAAGUAAAACCUUUAAAAAAGAAAAGUCAUUGGAUGUUUGUUGCCUUUCGAAAUGAAGAUGACAGAGAACGUGCUAUUUCAAUUAUUGAUGGGUAUAUGUGGAAAAAUUGCAAACUUAUGGCAAAGAAAGCAAAGGCUGCACCAGAUCCAUUAAUAAAAAGAAGAAUCGAAGCAGAUGCCGAUACUUGUAAUAAGAAAAUUAAGUUUGAUGAAAAUGGAGAGGAAAUUCCUACCUCAGAGCUUGUUAAAUCAAGCACAAUUCCUUUAUGGGACGUUCCUUAUUCAGAACAGCUCAGUUUCAAACAGAAAGAAAUGAAGUCUAUCAUAACACAACUUGGUGAAAAUAUUUCAAGAGAAAAUAGAUCUUUAGGUAGUUGGGUAAAAAAACAACAGGAAAAGAAUGACGGUUUGAUUUGUGAAUUAAAACCAAUUUUGAGUACAAAUGUUACUGAAGGAUAUAGGAAUAAAUGUGAAUUCACAAUUGGUAAAAGCCGCGAUGGUGAUGAAAUUAUAAUAGGAUUUCGAUUAGCUAGUUAUGCUGCUGGAUCAACUGCUGUAGGACCUAUUGAUGACUUGUGUCACAUCUCUAGCCGAAUGAAAACUGCUGUAAAGAUAUUCCAAAACUUUGUUAAAGAAUCAAAGUUAGAUGUCUAUGAUCCAGUUUGUCAUACAGGGUUUUGGAGUCAAGUUGUUGCUCGAACUUCACGUCUAGAUCAUUUAAUGUUGAUUAUUGCAGUUCAUCCGCAAGAUAUGACCGAGGAUCAGCUUACAGAAUUAAAAUCGAAGAUUCGGAAUUUUUUUGAAGAAGGUGAAGGAAAGGAAGCUAAUGUGACUUCUUUAUAUUUCAAGAUUAUGAAGAAAAAAAAUUCAGAAGAUGAAGAUGACAGUAAGAAUUAUGAGCAUUUAAGCGGCUGUCUAUACAUUGAAGAGUUACUUUUUGAUUUAAAACUGCGAAUCUCUCCUCGAGCAUUCUUCCAAAUUAAUACUCAUGGAGCUGAAGUUCUUUAUAAAGCAGCUAUCGAGUUAGCUGAAUGCAAUAGUGAAAAUACAUCAUUUUUAGAUAUCUGUUGUGGUACUGGAACUAUUGGGCUUUGUUUUGCCAAGUACUGUGGCGAAGUAUUGGGAUUAGAAAUGAUAAAGGAGGCUAUAACUGAUGCUAAAGAGAAUGCUAAAAGAAAUAAUAUAACAAACUGUGAUUUCUUCGUUGGUAAAGCUGAAGAUCUUCUUAAGGCUGUUAUUCAAAGAACAACCAAAAGUGAAAUAAUAGCUGUCGUUGAUCCUCCACGUGCUGGUUUACAUCAUCAUGCCUUACUAUCUCUCCGAAAAGCAAAAAAAUUGACAAAACUUUUAUAUAUUUCAUGUGAUCCUAAAGCUGCAAUUAAAAAUCUCAUAGAUUUCGCUAGACCAGUAUCAAAAACACUUUCAGGAGAACCACUGGUACCUGUGAAAGCUAUACCGGUUGAUAUGUUUCCUCAUACUAAUCAUUGUGAAUUAGUUAUUCUUUUAGAGCGAAUCGGUAAUUUACAAAAUACCGAUAAUACAACUUAAAAAGAAAAUAUGAUGUUAAAAUAUUUAUCAUCUUAAAUA